AUGUUGUCGACUUCUUACGGCUCUUUGCAACGGCAUAACAAAGAAUGCUUUGCUCCUGCGUCGUCGUCGAAGGGAACUCUGCGGAGUUGCGUUGAAUUUACCGAUCCGUUCUCGCCAAUGAGCGCGAGGUCGCCGGACUGGAGCGUUCGUAAUGGGUCUGUAUCUGGAGUGGAACUACCCGAUUCGCCAGAGUUGGCAAAUAGCGACUACCAUGCGUACAGCCAGUCCACGCUUCCCACACCAGUGAAUAGCUCGCCGGUGGCGCCAAUAUCGAAGGGGUUUGGGAUGCAACCGUCGCUGUACCCCUAUCUUGCCCCAAUGACGGUGGUGGCGCCCCAGGAAGGCGAGCCGAUCACAUCCACGAUCGGGCCCUUUACAGUUUCGAUGCCAUUGCCUGAGAGCGUUGGAACGUGUAAUCCAUCAAUGUCGCCCGUGCGCUGCCUCAUAACGCCGCUAGGGGAAAACAAGAUUAUCAGCUACUACGAGUUGUCACCGAUGGCGCGGGUAAUAAAGCAAAUUGAAGACAUUAACAAGCAAUUGCUGUACUAUUUCUCUGAGGAGAACCUUCCACGGGAUCCAUUCUUGAGGGAUCGCAUGGAUCCGGAGGGAUUUGUCGACAUUGACACGUUCCUACAGUUUCCACGUAUAGUCUCAAUGACUAGAGACCUGCCUAAUCGGCUGCAGAAACUUGUCGUGCUUGUGAAUGCAUUUAAGUGCUCUGAGCCAGAUGUUUUUGAAAUUAGGCACAACUCUAAAGUCAGGUUGAGGGUUUCAUGGGAUCGCUGGGUCCAAAAAUAUUCGUAG